AUGGCCACCUUUCAGACAAUCCUGAUCAUUGGAGCCACCUCGGGGAUUGGCGAAGAAUUGGCUCGCCAGUAUCAUUCCAGCGGAAAGAAGGUCAUCAUUUCGGGUCGUCGAACAGAACGACUGGAGGCCCUGACGGCUGAGCUACCAGGGUUGGGCUCCAUCCAGAUGGAUGUGAAGAAUCUUGCAGCACUGCCCAGCAAGAUGGACCAAGCAUUUGCAAAAUACCCAGACAUCGAUGCAGUGAUCAUCAACGCCGGCAUCCAGCGUCUCCUGGACUUCAACACCACCGAUGUCUCUGCAGCUCAGUACCCAACCACAGACGCCAUCACCGACGAGGUCACAACCAACCUGACCGGGCCGACCGUCCUGGCACGCUGCAUCAUCGAACACUUCAAAGCGUCGCGGCCGAACCAACCUUGCCUUCUGGCCCUUGUGACUUCAGGUCUGGCGCUGGUCCCAGCAACCAUGUUCCCCGUGUACUGCGCCACAAAAUCAGCGCUGCAUUCCUUCACGGCGCUCUUGAGAAACCAGCUCAAGCAUACGUCUAUCAGUGUGGUCGAGAUUGUGCCCCCGUACGUGGAGACAGAAUUAGAUAAAGAUCAUGUCGAUGAAGUGGCCAGACGCAUGGGUGGGACAAGGCCGCAGGCGAUGCCGGUCAAGCAAUACGUUGAUCAAGUGAUGCGAGGGUUGGAGGUCACAGAUGCGAACGGGAAGAUCCAGAAGUAUGUCGCUGAUGGAUUACCCCGUGCUGCGGUCGAUGCUUGGGUCACGGCUCUCAGUCCCAUGGCAAAGUUGUUGCAUACUGAGCUAUGA